CCGGCGUGGCGUCGGGUCGUCGGCGGGGCCUGGCGCCCUUGUCGGGCCGGGGGUCGGGCGAUGCCCUCGCGGCCUCUCAGCGCCGACAACGGCCGACGGAGGAGUACCUUUGAUGUCGUUGUCAUUGGUGGUGGAAUUGUGGGUCUAGCAUCCGCCAGAGAACUUAGUCUGCGGCAUCCGUCUCUUGCUUUUGCAGUACUUGAAAAGGAAAAGGAAUUAGGGGUUGAUGGCUCUGGAUUCCCCAUACACCGGCAUUGUGAACUACAGGCAGGUGGCCCUAGCCUAUGCUGAAGAUUUUCAGACAGCUGGAGGUACUGUCUUGACAGAGUUUGAGGUGGAACAGAUGGAUAUGGCAAAGGAAAGUGCUGAAGGAAGUAAAGAAGGGAUGAAAUAUCCAAUUAUUGUUAGAAAUUCAAAGGGGAAGGAGGUCCGAUGCCGACAUCUUGUGUCCUGCGCAGGACUUUACUCGGACAGACUCUCCCAAAUCUCUGGUUGUGACCCAGAGCCCCGCAUUGUGCCUUUCCGUGGAGAUUAUUUGGUGCUGAAGCCAGAGAAGUGCUAUUUAGUUAGAGGAAACAUUUAUCCGGUACCUGAUCCCCGUUUCCCCUUUCUGGGCAUUCAUUUUACCCCACGGAUGGAUGGUAGUGUCUGGCUUGGACCGAAUGCAGUCCUUGCAUUUAAACGAGAGGGCUACAAAUUUUAUGAUUUCAGUAUUCAAGAUUUUAUAGAUGCAGCUGCUUACAGUGGUUUAUGGAAACUAGCGUUGAAGAAUUUUUCAUAUGGGAUGGGUGAAAUGUACAGAGCAUGUUUUCUCAAUGCCCAAUUGAAGCAGCUGCAAAGAAUCAUCCCUGAAGUUACCAUCAAUGAUAUUCAGAGAGGACCUGCUGGGGUCAGAGCUCAAGCCUUGGACAGUGGUGGGAACUUGAUUGAUGACUUUGUGUUUGAUAGUGGAACUGGAGACAUUGCUGCUCGAAUCCUCCAUGUCAGGAAUGCCCCUUCACCUGCCGCUACCUCCUCCCUUGCCAUUGCAAAAAUGAUAGCCAAGGAGGUGGAGCAGAGAUUCGAAUUGUGACUGGACUGUGGAGACAUGGGCCUCUUUGCUCCUCCUCAUCUUAGCUACUGUGACAGGCAAAGAAAAGGGGUGUUUCUUGUUUGGAAACAGAGGAUUAGAAAAAGGAACCACCUAAUAGUUUGCUAUACAAAAGCAUCAAACUUGACCACGAUUGGUAUCACAGCACUGAAACUAUUUAAAGAGAUAGGCAGAUCCAUUGACUGUCAUAUUACUUUGCUAAAGAAAAAUGGUGUUUAUACAUUAGAGCAAUUAGCAAACCAGAAUCUUCCUUCUUUUCCUUAAGAGACCUCCUUGUGUCUCAAUAAAGUUAUGUUUCCAAAUAGAGUGGUAAGGGGGAGACUAGACUAAGAGAGCCAGUUCUGCCUAGGUUUCUGUUUUUUUACUUACACAAAGAAUCAAUAAUGGCCAUUAGCCUUUUAAAAAUACUGGAGCAAGCAAGACAUGUGGUUGUAGACUUUUUUUCAAUCUUAGAUUCAUCUGAAAAAAGGAGUCGAUAAUCGAUCAUGGUAUCAAUAGAAAAGAAUAUUUGUGCACUGAUAAUGUAAUGAAAGAUAGUGGAUAUUAUAAAGAUAACUGGUGCCAUCUUUAGCAGAAGUUAUGCUGUGAACUUCCAGGAAAAAUAUAUCAGUCAAGCGUCUUUGGUCUUCAGUUUUUAUUUUUAGCAAAGGAAUGCUGACAAAAAUACAAGCAGCUGGUGGUCAGAAGCAAAGUAGUGCAUUAUCCUUACCAAACUCAUUGAAAAAAAGGACAGUAGGUUCCAAAUACUGCUAGUAAAACAUGGUGUUUGUCCUUCCAUGUAAAUAUUGUCUCUGGUUUGUCUCUAGGUUUUUUUUUUUCUUUUUCUUUCUCAUUGCUAGAAAUUAGGCCAUUCUUUAAAUUGCUAGCUAAUGAAUCAGAGAUCAUUUCCUGAGUUGAUUUGCAUACAAUCUUCCUUUUCUAAAUUGCCCAAACAUGUAAGUAUUGUAUGUGAUUGAAUUUGGACAUUCUUUUAAAAUAAAAGUUAAUGGAAUAUGAUGAGAUAAAAGCAUUGAUCCAAACCAUAAUUAGAAGUCAUAUAGAACUUUAUAUUUUAGUCAAUAAUAAAAUAUAAAAAGCAGACAUAAAUGUGGGGGUGAUGAACAAGGAAAUUUUAAAUGAGUUUCUUUUUAACUGAGUUUUAAUGUACUGUACACUAUUUUUUGUUCAUCUUCAAAUAGAAUUGUUGGAAGUU